AUGGACACGGACGCGCAAGGUGCGCGCGCACGCCGAUUUAAAAAUCGGGAUAACCCUAGCUCGCGAAGCACACUGCGCAGUCGCGCAACCCUUUCCCCAACCUCCAUCUUCUUCUUCUUCUUCUCUCCCCCAACUGCCGUCGCAGCAGCAGCGCCGUCCGCCGCCGCACGACCUCCCUCCGUCACCGUCCUUGGCCAUCAAUUCCCUUCCCCUCUCACCACCACCCGUCCUCUCUCUCUCUCUCUCUCUCUCACUCCUCUCACCCAUCUCGCCGUGACCAACCCCUCCGCCGCCACCCCGUCAUCACUGCCGGCGGCUUCCCCCCUCUCUGUUCUUCCUGCACAUCCUCCUAUCCUUCUCCUCUCUCACCAUCACCCUCCCUCCUCCCCUCAGUUUCUCACCCCUCCGGCCAAACCACCGCGCCAGCCGUCUCCACCGCCACCGUUCACGGCGGUGCCAGGUUCUGUCUCUGCUGCCCCUACCUUAUCGUCGUCCCCCUUUCCAUUCUCAGUUUUUCCCGGCUCCCAGGUUCCUGCUCCAUUUCUGAUGUCGGAUAGAGGAAAAGCUAUAGCCUCUGCUUCCAAGAAAAGGAAGCGCUCCAAGACCUCUACACCCCCACCAUCUGCUAACUAUGCAAGGAAUCCGCUGAAUGAGGAAGAGAAAGAAAAUCAGUUACUCCCGUCCACUGAUCCAACCAAAUUCCCAAAUCUCUACUGCGAGCUACGCCUUUCCCUAUUCUUGAGGGGCAGAGAGAUCAUGAUCACUGAGGAUGCCUUGAGGGAUGCACUGCUCUGCAGAGUUGGCACUCCUGAGACUUGUGCCUACCAGCAGGCAGAGGAUCAUCAGGAGGAGGACGCGGAGGCACCGGCUCAGCAGGAUGCCCCUGACACUACAGAGCCGCCACAGACUCAGGAGGAGCCGGUCCCACAGCCACAGUCAGAGCCAGAGCCUAUCGUUGUACCUCCCACUGAUCCUCCGGUUUAG